GCGACCGAUCGGCCAGCAGUUUGCAUCCAACAUCGAGCGAGAUGAAGUGGCUUAGUUUGUUCCUGGUAUUCGGGAUCCUCGGACUCAUCGGCAGCCUGGGCACCCUGGCAAUGGCGGAGCCCAAUCCGGAACCCAAGGGUCGUCCGCACACCACUCGGCGUCCUCGGAACGAUAAUGACAGCGAUCGACGUUAGCAAUCCGAUCGGAUGGAGGAGAUGGAGGUGGAAAAAUCUGCAAGGAGAUGCACCGAACCACAAAGAACCCAGGAGGCACAUCGACUCUCGGUGAAGGUGAAAUGUUUUGGAGUCGAGAAAAUGCAAUAUGUUGAGGUCCUGCUCAUCUAGCGGGUGGGAUCUCCCCCGAACACAAUAAACAGGCUUGCGAUUACAACAGA